UCAUCUCAGUUUUCAAAUUAUUUUCGUCUAAUUUUUUUUCUAUUUAUUCAUUGAUCACCUUUCGAACUUAAUUCUUGAUUCACUCAACGGUUGAUUACAAUCAGUAAAUCAUCAUGACUACACGAGGAGUCUUCAUAUUCCGACAGUUAUUUGAUCGAUCUUGUUGUGGUUAUUCCUACUUAAUUGGUGAUCGAACUCAAAAAAUCGGACUUAUCAUUGAUCCGGUUCUGGAACAAGUCGAUCGAGAUCUUAAAUUGAUUGACGAACUUGGACUUGAGUUAAAGUAUGUUCUCAAUACUCAUGUUCAUGCUGAUCAUGUAACUGGAUCUGGGUUGAUUAAGAGUCGACUGAAUUUAGGAAAUAGUCCAAAAGUGAUUAGUAUCAUAUCGGAAUCGAGUGGAGCUGAGGCCGAUAUUUUUGUCGAUGAUGGUGACGUUAUUGAUUGUGGAUUAAUCAAAUUAAAUGUCACCUACACUCCAGGUCACACCAAUGGUUGUAUGAGUUUAAUUGACCACACUAAUAGACGAGUCUUUACCGGGGACACUUUGUUUAUUAGAGGUUGUGGUCGAACCGAUUUCCAAGAAGGAUCAGCAUCCAAACUUUAUGAUUCAGUUCAUUCAAAACUGUUUACAUUACCUGAUGAUUAUCAUGUUUAUCCGGCUCAUGAUUAUAAUGGACAAUUAACUUCAACUAUUGGAGAGGAGAAAAGGCUCAACCCAAGAUUGACCAAACCAAGGGACGAGUUCAUUGAAAUUAUGAAGAAUCUCAAUCUCACUUAUCCAAAAAUGAUGGAUGUUGCUGUUCCUAAAAAUUUGAUAUGUGGUGGCAAAUGAAUAGCUAUAACUGAAUCAACUAAUUACAAGGAAAACCAAUUGAUUAUUGGUUGUUAAAUGGAUUCCCUGUCAAUUGAUUAAUCAAAAAUACCAUUCCGUAUAUGUUAACAUAGUUAAAUUAGCUCUUAAUUGUUUCUAACAUUUGUUUUAACAUGGUCAAUGUGGUGUAGUGAUUUAAGUGUGUUUGUCCAAUUUUUAAUCAAUCCAUUGAUGAUAAGAUUGUAUUUGACAUGAUUUACUAAUUGUCAGCAAUUAAAAAUAAUUGAAUUGAUUUCAAGUGUCACAAUUAAACUACAUGUUGUCUUUUAAUUAUAAUCAGAGACUUAUUGUUGAUUA